AAUGUAGCGGGUUUCCUCUGAUGAGUGCAUGUCAGAAUUACCAAAUGUUUGACAUCCACUAGCCGAUGAUUACUUGAUUAAUGUGCUCUAGUAGUGUCGCGAAACAAAACAAGCUUUAAUUUUACACUGACCGUUGAGCCGUUCAAACACAUUGGCUUCGCGUGGGUUGCCAUCGCCCGGGGCAAGGCAAGUAUUGCGCCCUCUAACCAGUGGACCAUUAGCACUCACUGAGUCCCUUCCAGCAGUCCAGAAUUUUGCACCCAGGGCAACCGCCCCGGUGGCACCGCCCACGCAACGCCACCAUUAAAAUGUACUCUUGGCUGGGGGCUAGGACAGACACAAUGUCUGACACACGAUUGGAUCUAAACCUGUGGAUUAAUUGAGACAGCCAUGACAGGCUAAAUGGAUUUAGAUAGGGAAUAUAACUAAAUUUAGUGGUCUUAACGUUGGUGCACUGACAUCGUAACCAGGUUUAACUGUCUAGCCAAUUUCUGAUAGACGAGUGAAGUAAAGUGUAGUUUUAGCUAAUUAAUUAAACAGACUAAUUAAUGAUCUAAUUAUUUCGCUUUAGCUAAUUAAGUGAAUAUGCUAAUUAUCUUCUUCUUGUUUUUAAUAUACUAAUGAUCUAUUUUAGUUCUAGUUAAGUAAUUAAAUAAUUUAAUGAUUUAAAAAGAAAUUAAUUAUGGGGAGGUGAUACUUAAUUGAAUAGAUUUAUAUUCUGAUUAUAUAGCUUUAGCUAAUUAACAUUUUAAGAAGGAACGCAGGAUCUAAUCCAUCAGAGGACAGGUUUUCAACUAUCAAUACUCUAAAACCAUGGUACAUACUGUCAUGUCGGGGGGGUGGGGGGGAAAGAACUAGCCACUAUAAUAACUAACAACUAACCCACUGUCCUGGACAGACUGCCCAUGCAGUUAGUGAAGGUGUGUGCCCAGGACAGUGUGCUUGAACGUUAAUUGGAUAUAAAUUCAGAAAUAAGUUGAAAUAAAGGAGAUCACUAAUUAUAAACCAUAAAUCAGACUAAGCCCACAGGAUAGCACAUACCACGGCCUUUGAUAUACCAGUCGUGGUGCACUGAAUGGAGCGAGAAAUAAUCUGUGACUAAGACCGCAGCUAAAAGCUGAUAGGGAAUGACAGGUGUGUGGUGCGGAUAGCCACAAGAGACAAGCACCUGGCACGGCUGGAGAGACGAGGACUGGGAUGUAGAGGUGGACAGCGAAAGAAGUUGCAAGAUAGGAGGACUUGCCAGAUCGGCAAGAAAUGAGAUUGAAUUCAAAGGAUUAAACUGAAAGGGGGGCAGUGGGUUUGGUUGCUGAAGAACUUUUAAAGGUACAUUUAUCUCCACAGAAGAGCAGACAGGGGAAGUAUGGGAUACAAGAAAUAUCACACGAUGUAUGUGACUUGUUGUGUAUUGUUGGAUGGAUUUAUACCAUUUGAAAUAUUCCACACAGUUGGAUCAUGGGAUUACUGGAAGUUGGUAUAGUUCAGACGUGCUGGAGGUUUUUCACUUCGUUAAGCAUGCGGAAGAAUUCUGGCUUACCUGGAUUCGUUACCUGCGGCUGGUCGUGGAUAUUUCCAACUGGAGUACAGCAUCGUAAAGCCAAAACUAUUGCAGGUGGCGGAUCGUCUGAAACAAUGUCAGUAUUAAGCUGCCUCAUGGAAGACCCAUAUUCAUCCUUGACCCCUGUGUACGACAUUGACUGCGUUGUCCCAUGUGCUACAGGAUACCUUCAACCAUUGGUCAAUUAUACCAACAGCUUCACAGACGACCAAUCGUAUUUGCCGGAUGUGAACUGCGGCCAUGACAUGGUUGACCUCCAACCCGUUGACCCACAGUACCUUAAGCGACCUCCUUCGUAUGAGGAACACAUGGAAAUGAAGUCUAUGGAACACAACUAUUUUUCUCAGACUAGCUGUGCGAGUCUGGAUCACAGUGGAAAUCAAACACAGCAGAAUUGUAGUACAGACAAAAUUCCUCCAGAAUUUCAGACCUCCAGCCUGCUCAAUGAUAUUAUGGAAUGCAUUUUUACAGACAGCACGAAUUAUCCGAGUUUAGGUCUCCAGGAAAGUAAACAUUUCCGAGAAAAAGAAUUACACGAACAAACAACGUCACUUGCGAAGAGGCUGGAGAAGUCUCAGAAAAAGCAGGACGCAGAUCUCAGAAGAAUGGCCUCGCUACUUUUAGCAGGCGGUGGCCAAGUCCAGCUGUGGCAAUUCCUGCUGGAACUGUUGUCCGACAAGGACAACGAGACCUGUAUCAAGUGGGAAGGCCCUGACGGAGAGUUCCGAAUGGUUGACCCGGACGAAGUCGCCAGCCGCUGGGGGUCACGACGGAACCGACGGAACAUGACGUACGACAAAGUGAGCCGAGCGCUGCGCUAUUACUACGAUCGACUGAUCCUUAACAAGGUGCAGGGGAAGCGCUACACGUACAAAUUCAAUUUCAAGAUGCUGCUCAAAAUGCAGAAACAUUACACAGACCCUUCAAGACAUUCCACAAUGUCGUCUGCAGAUUUCUUAGCUGCGGCUCUACUUCCGGCGGAAAUGACCCAGAAAAAGACGCAUUCCCAAUCAAAAACAACAGCUGAUGAUGAUGCGUUUUCGGUUGAAACCUAUAACCGUGUUCUGCCGGUUGAGCAUAAAGAAAGUAACAGUGUGUGCGCCACUACAGCUGGAGGACUAUAUACGUAUGACCAUAACAGUUUAUCACAGGGGUACUUUUACGAACAGCCAAAGCAAUGCAGCGAAAAAACUAGUUACCCAUUUGUUUAUUGCAAUCAUCAGUAUGCGACAUAAUGGGCUUCUUCUAACUGUAUUCCCGAAAAGAAUAGGAAGAACUGUUCUGUAUAUGCCAAAGUUUUGAGUCUACUCAAAACCACACACCACACCACGGAAUAGAAGUUUAUGAAACAAAUCUAAAAUGUCAUCGUAGGCGUCGGAAGAAUAUAUAACUUUUUGCAUCGAUAGUCCGUCCCAUCCUCCAGCACACACACACACACACACACACACACACACACACACACACACACACAAACGUAAAUAAUUUCAGUUUGGUUUGACGUAAGAAAAAAUUAAAAAGUGUUU